AUGAGAUUAUCCCACUUUCUUACCCUUGUUGCUGCGGCACAAGCAGCACCAAUUAUUCGCACAAUCGUUCAUACUGCUGCUCCAGUCACCCAGGUAGUGACAAAAACCACAAAUACAGUUGUUGACGUUAACACUGUGAUUCAGACGGUAAACGGCACGCCGCCAGCCCCAACUACUGAAGCUACUACUGAAGCAGCUCCAACUACUCAAGCUAACGCAGCAACUCCAACUACCCCAACAACCGAAGCUGCUCCAACUACUCCAACAACUGAAGCUGCUCCAGCCCCUGAGACUCCAACAACCUCAACUCCAACCACUGAGGCUGCUCCAACCACCUCAACUCCAGCAGAAGUUCCAACUACACCAGCCACUUCUGCACCAGCUACUACAGCUACUACACCAGCUACUUCUACCACCCCAACAACUACAUCCACCCCAGCAGCACCAACCACCUCCACUUCCCCAGCACCAACUACUCCAGUUACAACUUCUGCUCCAACUUCAACCACUCCUACAACCUCCACCACACCUGCUUCUACUUCGACUUCUGGCGGAGACCAGCCUUCCAGUGGUUUUGAGUCAGAUAUUUUGCAAGCCCACAACGAUAAGAGAGCUCUCCAUGGAGUACAGCUGCUUACGUGGGAUUCAGAGUUGGCAAAGUAUGCUGCAAAUUAUGCUGCAAACUCAUUCUCGUGCAACAAUGUUCAAUUAAUCCACUCAAAUGGUCCUUAUGGUGAAAAUUUGGCUGCUGGAUAUACUGGCGGUUAUAGCCCAGUUAAUGCCUGGUACGAUGAAAUUAGCCAAUACGACUACAAUAAUCCAGGUUUCAGUGAAGCAACCGGUCACUUUACCCAAUUGGUAUGGAAAGAUACCUCCAAGGUCGGAUGUGCUAAAGUCACCUGUAACAACGAAUGGAGACAAUACACCAUUUGUGAGUACACCGAUUCCAGAGGAAAUGUUAUUGGAACCGACAGCAAAACCGGAAAGAGCUACUUUGAAGAGAACGUUCUCCGACCAAUCAGCUCAUAA